GUGAGGAUUCCUUGCUAAACAAGUAUUUAGCUCUCUCUUUGUACAAUACUUGAAUUCCUAGUUCUAAACCAACUUGUAAUCUUGAGCUAACCCUUCAAUUAAUCCUACACAAACUUGAACAAUUUCGAGUAUUAUAAGUAGGAAAAUUUGCUUCAUAUCUCAUUUAUUGGUUUCCUUCUCUCUGCUUCUUGUUUCCUCUUGUUCUUCUUGUUUCUUGUUCUGCAAGUUCCAUGGAGAACUCUGCUGCUGAUCCUAAAAGUACCCUCAACACAACGGCUUUCAUGGGUUGUACUUCUCUUGAAACCCUUCAGCGUUCUUUUGGGAAUCUUCAUGUGAAGAAUGGCUUGGCUAUUGCUCCUCAGGCUCAGGGCAAAAGGGUUUCUUCAUCUUUGCCUCUGAAUGGUUCUUUAACAGGCGUCUUGCCUGGUCUAUUGAGCAACAGAGAAAGCAUUCUGGAUUCUUCAAAAAUAUUGAAUGUCGGCCAUGGUUUUGGUGCACCAUACCCGUAUAGUUUGGCAUCACCGGAACGGAAGGAUUCCAUGUUCAAUAAUGUUAACUUGAUCGGUAGUUUUUCUAAUGGAAACCCCGGCCUUCCUUCUCAUCCUGAAGCAAGUUCUAAUGUUUUCUGGACUCAACAGAGGAUCAAUGGCAAUGUGCGCCCGCGAGUUAGUAGGAUUAUUACACUGGCCAUGACUGAAGAUGGCUCAAAAUAUUUGCAGGAUUUGUUGUUGAAGGACUCGAGUAUCAGGAAACUGAUAUUUGAAGGGGUUAUUGAGUACAUAUUCCAGCUGAUGACCAACCAAUAUGGACGCUAUCUAUUUCAAAAGCUGAUUGAGUUAGAAGAUCAAAACCAGUUGGGGAUGAUUAUGGAGAAACUAGCAUCCUCUUGUGGAGCCAUCUUCGAUGCAUCAAUUGAUAAAUAUGGCAGUUAUUCAAUGAAGAAGCUGAUCAAAGUGCUAGAGAAAUCACCAUUGGUUACUGAGGUUGUGAAAGCUUUGUGCAACAAAUUCUGGGAACUGAUGGUCAAUCAAACAGGACAAAAUGUUAUAAUGGAGUGCCUAGACACUGUUGAUUCUCAGAAGAAUGAUUUUCUAUACAUUGAAGCCAUCAAUAACUGUCUCCAACUAGCCACACAUGAGAGAGGAUGUGCAUCCUUGAACAGUUUCAUCUCCCGCAUCAAAGGUCCCCGAAGAGAUGAACUCCUGAACUUGAUAUCUGAUCAUGUGGUGUACCUGGCACAAGAUCCUGCAGGGAACUUUGUUGUGCAGUGCGUUCUGGAACUCCAUAAUCCUGCCAUUAUCGACAAAAUUUGCUCCAACCUGAAAGGUUACUAUGUAAAACUAUCAAUUCAGAAAGGAGGAAGUCAUGUAGUAGAGAAGUGCUUGAGAUCAGCAGGGAUGGAUCAUGUGGUAAUUGAAUUUCUUCAGAGCAAUCAACUUUUCCAAGUUGCCAAGGAUCAGUAUGGAAACUAUGUGCUCCAAACAGCUUUAAGAGAGACAAAGAAAACAUGUAGUCCACUUCAUGAAAGUCUUGUUGUGAAACUUCAGCAACAUCUUAACCGUCUUCAGCAUGGAUAUGGAAGAAAUAUCCUCACAUUGAUGACAGCUACAGUUCAACAAAGCAUGAUAUGAUCUGGAAACAAGCCUCAUAUCUUCUUCUUUUCAUGCAAAGUAAAUAUCUGCAUACAAUAUGUUCUUUGUUCAAA